AUGACAAACCAAGCAUCUUCAGGAUUAUCUGACACCCGACGCGGCGCUCCAGUGCCCUUUCGGUGGUCAGAUCUGUUUCAGUCAAGUCGAAACCGUCCGUCUGCGCCCCGGACACCUCCAUUACCUUCCUGCAACAGCGACGGAUCCGAAGCGCGGUCAAGUCAAGCCCAUCCUCCUGCCCUUCGCGAGCCUCCUCUACACUCUCACAACCAUGAUGGACCUGAAGCGCAGCCGAACCAAAACUGUCCUCCUGCGCCCGGCGAACAUCCACUACCCUCCGGCAACCACGGCGGUGGUUCAGCGCCCCGUUUGUGGACAGAGCUGUUUUACCCGAGACGAGACCGUGAUCCAGCAGAUGAACAAGUUUCCGCAAGCACUACCCCGAGCCGAGGUUUACAUUCAGCAACUCCUGCCUCAAAUCCAUCAGGGGCCCUCGCCCCAAUCCUCAUUUCGCUGGCCGUCGACAACACAAUCAAGAGCUAG